AUGGAUAAUCCUUUAAAUACUUUGUUAAUAAAUAUAGUUAACUACUUUGUGGAGUCAUCAAAAGAAAAUGAAAUUGAAAAUUAUCGUAAAAUGUCAACUUUAAUAAGAAUUCAUAACGAAAAAUUAGUCCAGUGUGGAGAUGUGAGUUUUCCCAGUAAAACUGAAAUAUGGCUCAACUACUUUCCAGAAGCCAAUAGACAAUUGAAUGAAGCAGCAUUUCAACUAUCAGAUACCGAAGAUGAAAAAUCAGAACAAGAGAAAUGUAAGUUUUUGGAGGCAGCCAAGGAAUGGCCCUUUCCCGUGGCUAAAUUGUUGGUGAGGCAGGAAAGAAUUCAUCUCCAUUUGCAUAGGAGUGUAAUUGUUGGCCGUCUAGUACCUGAAGUUUUAAAAAGUGAGAAUUAUGGUCAGUUACUAAAAGCUGCCAAUAAGAAAGUUUAUUUAAAUUCCCUGCCGGAGAAUUUGAGUGAAGAGGAUUUAUCGUUCUAUAGAAGCAAAUUAAUGUACAAUGUGUUACAAAAGCUAUUAAGGUACUCUAGGUGGAGUCAAGUGGAUAGGCAGGGUGAGGAGCAUUUAGACAACAAUUCCUUUACAGAGCUGCAAGUUGAAAGUGUAGCAUCUAAAAUUAAUAAAAACGAUUGUGGGGUAAUUAUCAAAUGUGGUUUAGUAACAGAUCCCUCCAACAAUGGCAAACGCUGCCAGUUGCCUACUAAAGAAUAUUUAAGCAUUCGUUCGAAUGACAUGACUUUAAUGGCUUUGCAUAAAUAUGGCAUUCGAGUCAAGCAGGAUGCUCGCUUUUGUGCCUUAAUGGAACGUCUUGGUUCCGCCGCUGCCACCGUAGAUCUAUUGGAAGUUAAACAUACUAGUCCCGUGCAAAUUAUACGCAAUGGCCAAGGCAGCACUAAGGGUGCUUCAUUUAUUUUGUAUAACUCGGCAAGAUUGGAGACAAUUUUAAGAACUUUCCAAGAACGUAUAGAUGAAGGCGAUUACGAUCCAUUACCACCAAUUGAUAGUAUCCAAUGGGAGUUGCUGAAUGAAGAGGAAGAAUGGCAAUUAGUUUAUGCCUAUUUGGCUGGCUUUCCUAAUCUAAUUGAUCGUUGUCUGGAACAACUAGAACGAGGUUUAUGCUCCACCCAUUUAAUCAUACAUUUUCUGCAUGGCCUGGUCGCCAUAUUCAGCGUUUACUAUCGAAGAAUUCGAAUUUUAACGGAAAAACGUGAUCACUUGAUGCCCUAUGUUUAUGCACGCAUUUAUCUAAUCAAAGCUGUACGAGAAGUACUUAAUAAGACUUUGGCUUUGUUAGAUAUUGAACCAGUUGAAUUUAUGUAAGAUAAAAUGAAUAAUUUUAUUUGAUACAACCACCACAUACCUUUUU